GCGGAGCCGCCGGAUGCGCCGGGAGCCGCCGGUCCCGCGGCUGGGAACGGGGGGUCUCCCCGGCGGCUCCCCCUCCCCCCCCCCCCUCCAGCCCCGGCCCCGCGGGGGUGCCCGGUCCCGCUUCGGCCCGGCCCGCUCUGCGGGGCGUCCUGCCGCCUCCCCGGGGCGACCGGAGAGCUCCGGGCCCCGCGGCGUGCCCGGAGGGGGCUGGAGGCCGGAGCCGGCCGGGCUGGGGGACGCUGCCCCGGGCAUGGCGGCGCCGGGUCCCCGGCAGCGCGGGCGGAGCUGCCCGUGCCCGGGGCUGCGGACGAGGCUGCCCGUCCUGCGCUGGCUCCCGCGUUAUUCCUCGGCCUGGCUGCAGCUCGACCUGAUCGCCGGCCUGACCGUGGGGCUCACCGUCGUGCCGCAGGCGCUGGCGUACGCCGAGGUGGCCGGGCUGCCUCUCCAGUACGGCCUCUAUUCUUCCUUCAUGGGCUGCUUUGUCUACUGCUUCCUGGGCACCGCCAAGGACGUGACGCUGGGUCCCACAGCCAUCAUGUCGCUGCUUGUCUCUUCUUACGCCUUCCACGAGCCUGUCUAUGCCAUCCUGCUCGCCUUCCUCUCCGGCUGCAUCCAGCUGGCCAUGGGGAUCCUGCACCUCGGUUUUCUUCUGGACUUCAUUUCCUCCCCAGUCAUUAAAGGGUUUACAUCGGCUGCUUCCAUCACCAUUAGCUUCAACCAGGUCAAGAACAUCCUGGGACUGCAGGGGAUUCCUCGGCAAUUUUUCCUGCAGGUGUAUGAGACGCUGAGGAGGAUUGGGGAGACCAGGGCUGGGGAUGCCGUCCUGGGGCUGGCCUGCCUGGCCGCGCUGGCAGGGCUCCGGGUGAUGAAGAGCCGCCUGCCCCGAGCUGCCCCUGCGGAGCCGCUGGCUGUCAGAGCCAGCUACCUCGUCGUCUGGACCUCCGCCACGGCAUGCAACGCCCUCGUAGUCCUGUUUGCUGGCCUGGUAGCUUACUCCUUCCAGGUGAUGGGCUCCCAGCCGCUCACGCUCACCGGCAGCAUCCCCCAGGGCCUCCCUGCCUUCCGGCUGCCACGCUUCUCCGUGGCGGCACCCAACGGCACGGUCCCCUUCUGGAGCAUGGUGGAGGACAUGGGGGUCGGGCUGGCCGUGGUCCCACUCAUGGGCCUGCUGGAGACCGUUGCGAUUGCCAAGGCUUUUGCCUCACAGAACGAUUACAGGAUUGACCCCAACCAGGAGCUGCUGGCUAUGGGCUUUGCCAACAUCCUGGGCUCCUUCGUCUCGUCGUAUCCCAUCACGGGCAGCUUUGGCCGGACAGCGGUGAACGCGCAAUCGGGUGUCUGCACCCCCGCGGGAGGGCUCGUCACAGGCACCCUGGUCCUGCUCUCGCUGGCGUACCUCACCUCACUCUUCUACUACAUCCCCAAAGCGGCGCUGGCCGCCGUCAUCAUCUCGGCUGUGGUCCCCAUGUUUGAUGCUGGGAUCUUCAGGACGCUCUGGCGGGUUAAGAGGCUGGACCUCGUGCCCCUCUGCGUGACGUUCCUGCUCUGCUUCUGGGAGGUCCAGUACGGCAUCGUGGCCGGGGUGCUGGUCUCAGGGAUUCUUCUGCUCUACUCCAUUGCCAGGCCUCCAAUAAAGGUGUCAGAGGGGGACGCGCUCCUCCUGCAGCCGGGGAGCAGCCUGCACUUCCCAGCCAUCGAGUACCUCCGGGAUGUCGUGUGCAGCCGUGCUCUGGCAGCAGCAUCUCCAUCACGCCCCAUCGUCCUGGACUGUUGCCACAUCAGCAGCAUUGAUUACACAGUGGUGGUGGGGCUGGCAGAGCUGCAGCAGGAGCUGCGCAAGCACGGCCUCUCGCUGGCCUUCUGCAGCCUGCAGGACCCUGUUCUCCAAGUCCUGCUGUCCGCAGACCUAGAAGGAUUCCAGCAUUUCCCCAGCCGGGAGGAGGCAGAGCGGUCCGGAGGAGCGGAGCCGGGGGGCAGCGGGGCAGCCCCCUUCGCCAGCACCAGCGAGAGCUCGCUGCUGCCCGCGGGGCUCAUCCAGUGAGUUGAGGAGCCGCCUGGGACCUCCUUGGGCAGCGUCGCCUUACCAUCUCCUCACCUCCGAUUGUGCCAGGGCUGUACGUCCUGUGCCGUGCAGAGCGGUGGCUGUGACAUCCCGGUGACAUCCGACUAACACGCUCCACAGGAGCCACUUGCCCCUGCCCUGCCUCCUGGGAUGUCUGUCGGGGCUGGGACCGUCCCCCUGUCCCACGCAGGGGAGGAUGGAGCGGCACCAGCCCAAACCCACACAGGCUGCGCAGGCGGCACGAGGGGAGGGAGCACUGGUGGAGACACUGGGAGCAGGCGUUUGGCUGGUCCCACACCAGCUUCCCAGCCCCACUGGAGCUCUGGCACCUCGCCGCCUCUGCAGACCAAGGACAGGCGGUCCGUGGAAGGGAUUAGUGGAGCAGAAUGGUUCCCGAUCACCGUCGUCGGGAAAAAGCCGUCCCUCCUCCAGGCCUUCCCCAUCCUUGAAGCUGCCAUCUUUUUUAAAUCAGCUGUUUUAAUUCUGGAGCCUUUUCUUAUUCUGGGACAUACCGAACUGUGACGCAGAGCGUACUUUUGUCAAAGCAAGUUUUAAUGAUGCUAGCACUGCCCUCCAAGCCCAAGGGCAUGCUGCAGCUCUCAACCUCAGGUUGCUGGGAGAUUAAAAACAUCAGUGAUUUUGCUCCUUACUGAUCCCUCUUGGUUUGUGGGGUGCUCUGCCAAACGCUGCCAUCGGGCAGGGCUGGGCUGUCCCCCUGUGGGUGCAGUCCCUCACCCGAUUCCUGCAAGGCACCGGAGGGGACAGGCACCGUGGCACCAGCUUGUGCUUGCCUUGCUGUAAAAUGAGUGCAAAAAGCAAUAGUGCUGUCAGGCAGCGGGGCUGGGGGAGGCAGCGUUUGGGAGAAGGCAGUUUUCCUGAGCUGCCUUUGGCUGACACCCCUAUAAGGAGGGUAUAAUAAAGCAGUAAUUGCAAAUGAGUCAGUGUGAUCUCUGCCUUCCUUUGGGAAAAGCUUUUUCCUUUCGUGUGGGAAAGAAAAAUUAAACUCUAAUUUCUGGGCGCUGCUGAGCAGACCAAGGAAAAGAAACUGAAACCAGGCUCAGGCUGCCCGGUUGCUUAGUGCCUGAAGGCACGCUCCGGCACAGGUCCUCCUGCCAAAGGAUUUCGCAGGUUUUGCAGGGGCAGCAGAAGUGUCCGGGAGCCACAAAACUGUCAGGGCCGACAGGUCCUGCUGCUGGAGGCUGGAGGAGUGUUGGCUUCUGCAGCGGAGCAGCGCUGGGCAGCAAGUUCCUUGCUGCAUCGCAGCAGAUAAGCAUUUGCAGAACUGGAAGAGCACACGUGCCCUCUCUUCCCAUCCGUCUAUCUGUCUCCCUAGACAAGGAGCGACCAGCGCAGAGACGGGACAGAUUCGACUCAUUUCUCUUCAGGUCGUGUGGCAGCUGGCUGCAGCCCUGCGCUGCCUGAGGUCGUGCUUUGGAAGCUGCUCCGUGUGCCCAGAGAGGAGCUCAGCGAGACAGCGGCAGGAGGGGGCUCAGCUUAUCGUGGUGUAUGUGGCUGGGAAACAUGAAGUGCCGUGUGUGUCGCUUUGUUUCUGGGGAUGAUUCUCCUGGUUCUUGCAGCAAGUGUGGGGCCCAGCUGGCUCCCUUCGCCAGCACUGGGGACGAGGAUUCAG